AUGGCAUCAGUCCCAGUCAACCCGCGGCCCAUGCUGCAGUCACUAGUCAACGAGCCAGUCAUAAUCCGUCUCAAAUGGGGCCAGACCGAAUAUCACGGUCGCCUAAUAAGCGUCGACUCGUACAUGAACAUCCAGCUGUCGAAUACAGAAGAGUUCAUUGAUGGCAAAAGCACAGGUACUUUGGGGCAGGUCCUGAUACGGUGCAACAACGUUCUUUGGAUAUCAGGUGGGAAAGGUGCGAAGCAGGAGGACGUGUCGAUGGAGGGAUAG